UUUGGAGGGGGUGGUAUGCGAAACUCCAUUAGAAAUCCUUGGUGCUCCUCUUUCAUGGGUGCCGAUAUAGCGAUGAUAUCUAUGUGCCUCAAAUCCCCUGCCGUCCUCACAAAACUUCUCCUCGCGCCGUCCCAAAUCCCAAGCCAGGGGUUGCCUCUCCCUCUUCCUCUUCUCUCCCGCUUCGUCCGAUUCUGGUUAUCUUCUGAAGCUUUCUCCCGUUCUUGAAGCUUAUCGUUUUUUCUGUUCUCAAGAACUCAAAGAAGUGAGCUCAAGAUCUGUUUUUUGUGGCGAUCGAUCUCUUUGGAAUGUCUUCACCUACAGAAUUAGUUUCUGGGAUACCUAGAAUCACUUGAUUGAGCCCUCCUAGAUACCAAGCCUUUGGAAACAAACCCGAGACUUGCAAUUUUUCAUAGUUCAUCGCUUGUUCCGAUGGAUACGCUGCUUAGAACUCACAGUAGAAUUGAGUUGCUCCACCGAGGUUAUGGGGUUGCCGAAAGGCAUAGCCUUUCUUCCACCCCGAAGCUGCAGAACAGUGAAAACAAGCUUUCGUGUAGGAGAGACUACAAGAGAAGGCCCAAAAGGGGUUUUGUUAGAGCUAGCAGCUGUCAACUCCUCGAGCUUGUUCCAGAGAUCAAGAAAGAGAAUCUCGAAUUCGACCUCCCCUUGUAUGACUCAUCUAAAGGUCUUACCUUGGACCUCGCUGUUGUUGGCGGUGGUCCGGCUGGGCUCGCCAUCGCGCAGCAGGUGUCUGAGGCAGGUCUUUCGGUGUGCUCCAUCGACCCCUCACCCAAACUUAUAUGGCCAAAUAACUAUGGUGUUUGGGUUGAUGAGUUCGAAGCCAUGGAUCUCCUUGAUUGUCUCGAUGCCACCUGGCCCGGUGCUGUGGUUUAUGUUGAUGAUCAGAAGAAGAAGCUCCUCGGACGGCCUUAUGGUCGGGUGAAUCGAAAGCAGCUCAAAUCGAAGAUGAUGCAGAGAUGCAUAUUGAAUGGUGUUCGGUUCCACCAGGCCAAGGUUGUCAAGGUCAUCCACGAGGAGACCAAAUCGUUCUUGAUUUGCAGCGAUGGGGUCACAAUUCAAGCAGCUGUUGUUCUUGAUGCAACGGGCUUCUCAAGGUGCCUGGUGCAGUAUGACAAGCCAUACAAUCCUGGUUACCAGGUAGCUUAUGGCAUCUUGGCCGAAGUAGAAGAACACCCUUUUGAUUUGGAUAAGAUGGUUUUUAUGGAUUGGAGAGAUUCACACCUCAAAGAUGGAACAGAGUUGAAAGAGAGGAACAGCAGAAUUCCAACAUUUCUGUAUGCAAUGCCAUUUUCUUCCACAAGGAUUUUUCUGGAAGAAACUUCCUUAGUCGCACGUCCGGGAUUGCAAAUGGAAGACAUACAGGAGAGGAUGGUGGCUAGACUGAGGCAUUUGGGCAUAAAAGUGAAAAGCAUUGAAGAGGAUGAGAGAUGUGUGAUUCCAAUGGGUGGGCCGCUCCCGGUGCUUCCCCAAAGGGUUGUGGGAAUUGGAGGCACUGCAGGCAUGGUUCAUCCGUCCACUGGGUACAUGGUGGCCAGGACCCUUGCGGCGGCUCCCAUCAUUGCAAACUCAAUCGUUCAGUUCCUAGGUCCUAACCAUGGCCUCUUGGGUAGUGAACUCUCGUCACAAGUUUGGAAGGAUCUGUGGCCUAUUGAAAGGAGAAGGCAGAGAGAAUUCUUCUGCUUUGGUAUGGAUAUCCUGCUUAAACUUGACUUGCAAGCAACAAGGAGAUUUUUCGAUACGUUUUUCGAUCUGGAACCACACUACUGGCAUGGUUUUCUGUCAUCUAGAUUAUUUCUUCCAGAGCUUGUAACUUUUGGGCUAUCUUUAUUCUCACAUGCUUCAAAUACUUCUAGGUUAGAGAUCAUGUCCAAGGGCACUCUUCCUUUGGUGAAUAUGAUCAAUAACUUGCUACGAGAGAAAAAUUAGGUUUACAAUCAUUUUAGUGUAACUGUAAUAAUGUAUUUGUAAUAUGUACCUGCACGCCAUUUCACAAUCAAUUUAUAUGUAGAAGUGAUUUUGUGGUUUUUGA